CCGGAAACACAUCAGAAGAAGAAGAAGAAGAAGAAGAAGCCAGCAAAGAUGGCGGACUACGAUUUGACAACCAAAAUAGCACAUUUUCUGGACCGGCAUUUGGUUUUUCCUCUUUUGGAAUUCUUGUCAGUGAAAGGAAUCUACAAUGAGAAGGAACUUCUUCAGGGGAAGCUGGACCUGCUCAGUGAGACCAACAUGGUGGACUUCGCCAUGGAUGUUUACAAAAACCUGUACGCCGACAAGGAAAUCCCACAUUCUCUGAGGGAGAAGAGAACUUCGGUUGUGGCCCAACUGAAGCAGCUCCAGUCAGAGACGGAGCCAAUCGUCAAGAUGUUCGAGGAUCCCGAGACCACCCGACAAAUGCAGUCCACGAGAGAUGGGAGGAUGCUGUUCGACUAUCUGUCGGAGAAACACAAUUUUCGUCAGGAAUACCUGGACACUCUGUACAGGUACGCCAAAUUCCAGUACGAGUGCGGUAACUACUCUGGGGCUGCAGAGUACCUCUACUUCUUCCGCGUCCUGGUUCCCUCGACAGACAGGAACGCCUUGAGCUCUCUGUGGGGGAAGCUGGCCUCUGAGAUCCUCAUGCAGAACUGGGAGGCAGCCAUGGAGGAUCUGACUCGACUGAGAGAGACUAUUGAUAACAAUUCUGUGAGCUCUCCUCUCCAGUCGCUCCAGCAGAGGACCUGGCUCAUCCACUGGUCCCUCUUUGUGUUCUUCAACCAUCCGAAAGGCAGAGACAACAUCAUCGAGCUCUUCCUCUAUCAGCCUCAGUACCUAAAUGCCAUUCAGACGAUGUGCCCACACAUGCUGCGGUACCUCACAACCGCAGUCAUCACCAACAAAGACGUGCGGAAGCGCAGGCAAGUGCUCAAGGACUUGGUGAAGGUCAUUCAACAGGAGUCGUACACAUACAAGGACCCGAUCACAGAGUUUGUGGAGUGUCUGUACGUGAACUUCGACUUCGACAGCGCCCAGAAGAAGCUGAGGGAGUGCGAGGCGGUUCUUGUGAAUGAUUUCUUCUUGGUCGCCUGCCUCGAGGAUUUCAUUGAGAACGCUCGUCUCUUCAUCUUCGAGACCUUUUGUCGGAUUCAUCAGUGUAUCAGCAUCAGCAUGCUGGCAGACAAGCUCAACAUGACGCCUGAGGAGGCGGAGAGGUGGAUCGUCAACCUCAUCCGUAACGCCAGACUGGAUGCCAAGAUCGACUCCAAGCUGGGUCAUGUGGUGAUGGGCAACAACGCAGUUUCUCCGUACCAGCAAGUUAUCGAGAAGACCAAGAGUCUGUCCUUCCGGAGCCAAUUGUUGGCAAUGAACAUCGAAAAGAAAGUGGCUCACAGCAACAGGAAUGAGACUCCAAACUGGGCCGCUCAAGACUCCGGAUUCUACUGAAAAGCAAAUCAGCAACAAGACGAGAUUGCACAUGACUCCAUUAUUUUAGACUCUUUAUUUAUUUAUUUAUUUAUGAAUUUAUUUAUUUUAUCUAAUAUAAUUAUUUAACUACCAGCUAGGCAUAAAGUAUCCCAAGGGCGAGCAGCCGGCUUUAACUCUGCAUUACUCGAGUAUUAUUUGUAUGAAGUGGACACUUUCCUCUCCAUCAGAACAUUUAUGUCAUCAGGUGUUACUUUGAUUCUGAGGCGACUGUG